UGCUCUUGCAUUUUGCCAAACCUCACUUUGAAACACAUUCUACAAAUACUUAUAUCCUCUUCCUUAUUCAUUCCCUUCACUUUAUCCUUUACCAGAGGCCAUCAUGGGUGUUGUGACUUUUGAGAAGGAAAUUACAACUUCAGUUCCACAGGCCAAAAUGUUCAAGGCCUUCAUCCUUGAAUCUGACACUCUUAUUCCCAAGGUUUUGCCUCAAGUUAGUAUUGAGUUUCUUGAAGGAAAUGGCGGACCAGGAACCAUUAAAAAGACUUCUUUUGCUGAAGGUGGUGAAGUUAAGUAUAUUAAGACCAGAGUUGAAGCAACAGACAAAGAUAAUUUCACACACUGCUACAGUGUCAUUGGAGGUGAGCCAUGGAUGGAUGGACUAGAGAAGACUUCUUAUGAAAUUAAGGUUAUGGCUUCUCCUGAUGGAGGAUCUAUUGUCAAAAGCAUCAGCAAGUACUACCCUAAGGAAGGCUGUAAGAUCAAUGAAGAAAGAGUGAAGGCUGGAGCAGAGAAGGCCUUCGGCAUGUUUAAGGCCGUUGAGGCUUAUGUCUUGGCAAAUCCCGAUGCCUGCUAAAUUAAUUAUCUGUAUUUUUUCUCUUUUUUUUUUUUUUUCUGGAUGGAGGGUCAAACCUUUUUUGACCUGACAAUAAAAGUUUAACGGUGUAUACUUGUAUUGAAUAGUUGGUUUAUAUACUCCAUCAAUGAAUUAAUUAUGGAGUAUAAAGCUCAAGUUCAUAAUAAACAUUUAGUAAUUUUUUUUGUUUUA